CUGUUAAUACUAUUGCAUUGGUGAUUAAGUUUCAACAUGUAAGUUUUGCGGGGACGCAAACAUUCAGACCACAGCAAAAGGAGGCCCUUUAGUAGACUGACGCAAUAACCCAGGGAAAAGAUGAUGGUGACUUGGCUUAGGGAAGUAGUAGUGGAAAUCAAAGCUUUCGAAUCUGGAUUAUGUUAGUGGUACAGUGAAUAGGACUUACUUUUGGAUUGAAUUCGGCUUAUGGUGAAAGAGGAAAAAAAUGAGGCUAAAUAUUAGUUUUGAUGCCUAGAUGGGAAAGAAUUGUGGAGGAGGAAAUUCUAGAGCAUGGGAGAAAGUCAGUGGUUCUGUUUCAGUCAUGUAGAUAUUGAGAUGCCUGGUACCCAUCUAAGUAGAGAUUAGGUAGGUGGUGACACGCGCCUGGAACUCAGCAGAGAUUAUGGGCUGGAGACGGAUUAGAUUACCUGGAAGAAUGUAUGGGUAGACAAGAAAGGAUGGCUGAGAAUGGACACUCAAACAAACCAGUGUUUAGCGAUCAUGUAAAGGAGGAGUCAGCAAAGGAGACUAGUGUUGAGGCCUGUGAGAUAGCAGGAAAAUAGAGCAAGGUGAUUGUUAUUUGUGGUUUGUCUCAAAAGCAUCAAGAGGAAAAUGUUGUAAAAGGUAGGAAAGUCAAUCUUGUCAAAUGCUGCUAAGAAGUGAAGCAAUGAGGAGAGAAGUGAACUCUUUGGCAAGGUAUAGGCUCUUGUAACAUGGGAAGAGAAGUGGAGGUAGGGCUAAAUUAAAGGAAUAUAUGAUGAAUAAUCUGGAUCCAGAAGGAAGAAGGAAGUGUUUGGGCCCCAGGGUCAUCACUGGGGGAUCUCACUAGGGGACAUUAAAAACCCUUUUGGUGGGUUAUUAGAAUUACAAAAUCCAGGGGCAAAACUGAAGUUUUAGAAGCGGGAGUAACCUGUGUAACCUGUAUAACCAAAUUGCCCAGACCAAAUCCUGUGAAUGAGUAACUGGGAUUCAUUGGGCUCAUGGAGCAUGUUGUGUCUGUGUCCCCAAGGCAGCAUAAAAUGCCCAUGUGCCUUCUGACGUAUAGAAUUAAUUUGCCUGGAGACUAAGCUUCUGUCUCUCUGGCAUGAGUCCUCCAGGUGUCCUGCAUGAGACCUGCCAAUGAUGUGCUAUCAGAGUAUGCCAUUUCCAACUAGAGAAGCAUCAUUCUUUGAGCAAGAAGAUAGCAAUAGAAAAGAAAGUAAGGUAUAAAUCAAUAAUGAUAAUACAGGUAGAAAGCAGAGUGAUGACAACAGUGUGGAUUCAAAGGCCAUGGGGAGACUUAAAGAUGUCCCACUGGGGACUAAAAGGGGCCAGAUAUCUGGAGCUGCAGUGAGGAGGGCCCUCUGCUGCCAGGGGAGUUGGUGAGAAGAGACUCAAUGACAUGAAAUUUCAUUAGAUUACAAGGCCUGGUGUUGAAGAAAUGUUUCAAUUUGGAGUUUGGAAAGGUAGGUUUGGGUGGAAUUGAGGAAAGCCUGAAAGUCAGGUUAAGGGACUUGGGCUGUAUUUAUUAAGAAAGAUAUCAGGAUGGUUUGUGACCAAAUAGGUGAUGGGAUGAUCAGAAUGAUAAAAGCCUAAAAUGAGACCCCAGCCAAGCAUUCACCCUGAAAACUGUAACAAAGUAUCUAGUGAGUUCAACAACAUGCUAUAAGGAAAAAGAUGCAUCAGAGAUUUUAUGAGAAGAGAAGAAUAGCUUUCCUGUUUUCUUUUCUUUUUUUCUCCUGGUAUUCUGAAGAGUUAGAGCAUAAAACUUCCUAAUUUUUAUUCAUCUUACCCAACCCAAAUAACCUGAUGUGAAAGAAAAAGGAGGAAAUCCACCACCCCCUCCUCAACACACACCUUUAAAAAAAAAAAAAAGAAAACUGAACUCUCUCUUGUCCAUCUUUUUAUUCUGGUUAUACCUCCUAAAAUCUUAUAGGCUUGGAGCCAUGACAACUGAAUAUUCAAUUUUUGCAAAAUAGAAUGAUCAGAAAGUAUUAUACUUUACAUCUCUGGUCACACCCUAAUGCCAUUCAUAUGAACAUAUAAAGGAGGAGAUUAUUCACAUCUGACCACAGUUUCCAGAGCCAGAAGGAGACUUGAAAGAUAUUACAUCAUAUCUAACCAACUCUUCAAGUCAGAGCUUGAUUUUAGCUGCCUAGAAUUGCAGUUGUGUCCUGCUGACUGGGGCAAGGUUCAGCCAGUUUGGGUGAGUUACUGCAAAAGAAGGAAUAUGAUCCCUUAUACAAAAUUACAUAAAUCAAUAGAGUCAUAUUUAUUUUGCUAAAAAUAUAUCUCAAACAGACUUACCAAAUUGUUCAAUACAUCCUUGUCUUGAGUUACCGUUUCUGUAGUUUUUCAUUUACAUAAUAUAUUUUUCUGUAUUUUUGCUCACAUAUGACAUACUACUCAAAAACUUUCUAAAACAUUCUUAUACUCUAGAGACACAACAAAAUACUCAACUUAAAUCAGAUACUAAUUUAUGAAUGCAUUAUAGGAACAAAUCAUUAAUAUUAUUCUCAUGUUUAGGAUAUCCUCAGACCAUCUCAAAAAAGAGGAAAAGAUGACUAUGAUGGCUCACCAGUACCCCUCUUGGAUCUUCAUUAAUGAGAGGACAUUCAUAACCAGUAUUUAUUGAAGAAGAGCCUACUGUGAGCAAGUUUCUGCUCUGAGAACCAGGAACACAGGAGUGAAUAAAGCGGACCAAACCUCCUGCCCUCUCAUUUUCUUAUGAGACAGUGACAGAUAUUGAGGAUCAAAGGGAUUUUAGCAUUUGAAAUGCUUGGAAUUUUAAUAUCACGGGAACAACUUAAUUCUUUAUUGAAGACCUAUAACAUUUUUUAUGAGAACCAGAAAAAUUUGCAGAUUUUAUAUGGAGAGACAGAAGAUGGCGAACUAAUUGUUGAAGGAAUGCUGGACAUUUUCUGGGGAGUAAAACGGCCUAUACAGCUAAAAAUACAAGAUGAGAAGCCAUUCUCUUCUUUUACUAGUAUGAAGUCAUCAGAUGUAUUCUCCAGCAAAGGAAUGACACGCUGGGGGGAAUUUGAUGAUCUCUAUCGUAUUAGUGAGCUGGACAGGACCCAGAUUCCAAUGUCUGAAACAAGGAAUUCCCAGCAAGACUAUUUAUCUUAUCACAGCAACACCCUGAAGUCACAUGCAGAGGAUGAACCAGACUCCCCAAUGCUCUAUAGAACCAUGAGUGAAGCAGCCCUGGUGAGAAAAAGGAUGAAGCCUCUGAUGAUGGACAGAAAAGAAAGACAGAAAAAUAGAGCCUCUAUUAAUGGACACUUCUAUAACCAUGAAACAUCAAUUUUCAUUCCAGCCUUUGGAUCAGAAACUAAGGUCAGAGUAAACAGUAACAUGAGAACUGAAGAAGUAAUAAAGCAACUUCUCCAAAAAUUUAAGAUUGAAAAUAGUCCCCAGGAUUUUGCUCUUCACGUUAUUUUUGCGACAGGAGAACAGAGACGACUAAAGAAGACAGACAUUCCACUACUGCAGAGGCUCCUGCAGGGACCUUCUGAAAAGAAUGCUCGCAUUUUCCUCAUGGAUAAAGAUGCAGAAGAAAUUAGCAGUGAUGUGGCUCAGUACAUUAACUUUCACUUUUCUUUCUUGGAAUCCAUUCUUCAAAGAUUAAAUGAAGAAGAGAAAAGAGAGAUUCAAAGAAUAGUAACAAAAUUCAAUAAAGAAAAGGCUAUUAUACUGAAAUGUCUUCAAAAUAAACUAGUAAUAAAAACAGAGACAACAGUUUAGCAGUACAGGCUGCUGUUGCUAAAACACUUCAAAAAACUCAGAGAUAUUACUAUUUGAUGAAUGCAUAAGUUCUGUACUUGCAUUUAUACGAAUAUAUAUGAGACUUGAAUCUGUAGAAAAUUGAAUGUCAAAAAAGCUCAUUUCUUUUUGAAGUGAUGAGGUUAACUAGGGUUCACAGUUGGACAAAAUGAGCUUGAGUUUAGUUUCAGUAACUGAAAUAAGCUUGAAUACUGUGUAUUCCAAAUCGCUUUUAUAGUAAAACAUGUAAUGAACUCAAAUUUAAAUGGUGUCUUCAGAUAACCAGUUUAAACUUCAUUUAACUUGGACUCUCAAGAGAACUGAAACAUAAUCAAUGAAUUCAGAAAUGACUCAGAAAAAAGAAGUUGCGAGUUCUUGCAAUGAAAAAGAAAUACAGUGUCUUACACCAUCAAGGAUCUACUUAAUAGUGACAGUGUUUCAUAGCUUCUUGAAAACUCUGGCAUUUUCAUAAAAUCUAGGACUAUCUUAAAUGGCCUGUUGACUUCUGGCUAUCUGUAACAUUAGAGCUGUCUGGCCUUUGGAAAGGAAAAGAUUAUAGACUAUUUUAAGCAAUCCUAAUUUAAAUUUUCUGAACCUCCCCCUAAUCCUUUUUCUCUCUCUCUGUUCUAUCAGUUCAAGACUUUUCUUAAGCUCUUUUUUAAGUGAGUUGAACUUUUUCUUUAUUUAUUUUUCAAAAAAUAUGUAUGUCACAUAGACAUAUUAUAUCAGCUAAAGCAAGACUUGGCCCACAAAUACCCAUUUGUUGCUGAAUGAAUACAAUGGAUAAAGCAAGACUGUUGUAGCUGAAGUUAGGUAGGGAAUCCCAAACUCUGCCCUCUUAGCAUCUUAUUCUACAUGUCAACUCUCAGGGUACUUACAGAUCUGCUUAACCUACUUGAAAAAAAACACUAAAAAUGAAGAAAUGCUGUAAGUAUAGUCUAUGAUUUUAUUUAUAAAUUCUAUAUUAAAAUUGAGUUACACACAACAUUCAUUCUUAAACUAAUUAUAUUUGCAUUCCUCAUAAGCAUUGUAAUAAAUUGUCUGAUCAUAUUACAAGUUCUAAGGAAUGAAAUUAUAUGCAAUAAACCCAAUUGGAAGAUUAACUAACAAUAUUAAAAUACAAAACAUGUUUAAGACAAAGGCAUUCCUUCUCAGUAUUCCUACACCUAAACUGGAUGAAGGUGAAAGUGUGCUAUGACCUUUUCAAACCUAAGAAGUCUCUCUUACUGAAUAAACCAGAGGCUUGCAUCGUAAUUCUUUCACCUGUCAAUUAAUAAGAAAAUAGUCUCAUCUCACUUAAAUGAGGCAAAUGUAAUCGUUAAAAUUCAACAUACUUAUAAAAAAAUAAAGUAGUGUCAUAUACCUGCCAUGAACAUGAUAAAAGAUUAAUCUUUAAUAGACUGAAAUGUAUAAGAGAAGAACCAAGUCUUACAUAGAAAAAAAAGGUAGAUAUGAAAAGGAAAAUCAAAGAAGAGAAAAUGCAAAUGGCUGCUAAGUAUGUGAAAAAAGUCAUAUCUUCUGUGAUCAACUGUGUUAGUCUGUAUCAAUCAGAAUACAGAAACAAGGCAGUAAUUUAAACGGGGAAAGUUUAAUAUAAAGAAUAAUUAAGCUAUGCUAGAAGAAUAUUAAUAAAGAUGAAAAGAGAAGGUACCCUCAGGCUGAGCGAAAGAAUCCUAACAAGGAAAAGCAGGAAUGAGGGUUUCCGAAUUCACUGGAGAAGGUGUGGUUGCAGCCCACUGGAGAGAAGUUUGCUGGCUUGCCCAGGCCAGAGCAGGAACACAGAUACCGGACAAGCAGGUACAACCAACCCUCUGGGUGUAGACCAGCUGAGGCAGGUGGUGAGAUACACAGAGAGAUUUGGGGCUUUGCCAAAGCGUGAGCACAAAGAAGGAGUCAGGGGUUCUGUUCGAGGCCCUGUUGGGACUAGGAGCCGGAGGGGCCUACUUUGCAGGAACCUAGCAUAAAUUUGUGUGUGACGAGACUGCACAAGACAAAGCUCAGGCAAGUGGUUCAGUAGCUGCCCAGCCCAUCAGGGUCCUCUAUAGUGCACCCAGCUGAAGAAAAGAUACGGAGAACAGCAAUUGGAGCUUCGGUACAGGCUUGCACUGUGGCUCCAGGUUAUACCACCACUGCCCAAAGCAAAAGCUGGAGAAGCAAGUGGAGAAAUGCUGGAGAAAGCUACACCCUACAGGCAACCAGCACUGGAGAAACCACUCCAGUCAAAGUAGUGAAGGAAAAAAGCCUGCUCUCCAGGAGCCUGGCCUGCCAGCCCGGAGCCAUCAGGAAAGACCCCUUCCUCUUGCAGUGUGUCUCCAGCGCCCUCUACUGACAAAGCAUGCCAUCAUGCAAACUGCAAAGGAAACAUUUAAAGGGCCUGUAUCUAUUUUCACGGAGCAGACAACCAAGAGUGAAUGUGGAGCUGAGAGAUAGUAAAAUAAUAACUGACAUGCCACCGAAGUACAAGGUAAAAUAAAUAAAUAAAUACACAUUUUGGCCUAUUAGCAAAGAUAAAGAAAUGAUAACAUUAAAUACUCAAUAAAUCACCAUGAGAUGGGGACCCAAACUUCUGGUAAAAAUACAAAUGGAUAUAAUUUUUCCUGAAGGCAAUUUAGUAGUCCGUUUAUCCUACAAUCUACUUGUAAGAUCCUAUCAUAUGAAAAUAACCAGAGAUACAAAGACAUUCUGCAAAAAUAUGUUUUCUAUUGUUAUGUAUUGUGACAAAAGGAAAUAAGCCUAAAUGUUCAGAAAAUUAUUUUAAAAGAUGAAAGAGGGACAUAGGCCAUGGACGGUGGCUCACGCCUGUAAUCCCAGCACUUUAGGAGGCCAAGGCAGGAGGAUCACUUGAGGUCGGGAUUUUGAGACCAGCCUGGCCAACAUGGUGAAACCCUGCCUCUACUAAAAAUACAAAAAAUUAGCCGGGUGCGAUGGCAGGCGCCUAUAACCCCAGCUACUUGGGAGACUGAGGCAAGAGAAUCACUUCAACCCGGGAGGCAGAGGUUGCAGUGAGCCGAGAUGGCACUACUGCUCUCCAGCCUGGGCGACAGAGCAAGACUCCGUCUCAAAAAAAGAGAGAAAUAAACAUUUAUUUGUAUAAUGUUAUGUAGCCAUUAAAAUUAUGUUUCCAAAUAACUUUAAUUACAGGGGUAAAUUCUUGUAUAUCUAAAUAAGAAUAGACACAUACACAUAUUCCAAAAUAUUUAUUAUAUACUUAAGGCCUAUAUAUAUGUAUGUGUAUAUCUAUAUUUGUGUGUGUGAACACUAAUAUUUGCAUAUAUACACACGAGAAACAAAAACAUGUUAAAAGUGGCUAUAUCUGCAUUGUAGAAUUAUGAGUGAUUCAUGUUUUUCUAAUUUCCCUAUAUGUAUUAAGUGUUCUAUACUUAAUAUUUGUUACUUUUUAAAUCAGGAAAUAGAAAAGUUAUUAUUUAAAACUUAUAAACAAAAAAGUAACAAGCACAUGCAAGCACAAAGUUCUACCAAAUGCAAAACAAUUCAAAUCAAUUAUUCAAAUGAGACAUUAACAUCACUUCUGUGGUAGUUUUAUAUCCAUAAAGUCUGAUUCUCCUCCUUUGAAGAGAUGGAGCCUAAUUCUCCUCACCUUGCAAAUGGGCUGGACUUAGUGACUUACUUCUUUUUAUUUUUAAUUGACAAAUAAUAAUUGUAUGUAUUUAUGGGGUACAAUAUUAUAUUAUGAUAUAUGUACACACUGUGGAAUUAAAUCAAGUGAAUUAACAUAUUCAUAACAUCAUAUACUUACAUUUCUUUGUGGUGAGAACAUUUAAAAAUGUACUCUUUUAGCAAUUAAGAACUUCUAACAAAUACAGGAAAAUGGAAGAGACUGUGAGACUUUGAAGUAGGUCAUAAAAGUCACUAUGGCUUCCUCCUUGCUCUGUCUUGGAUCACUUGCUCUGGGAGAAGUCAACUGCCAUGUCCUGAACAGCUCUGGAAAGACCUACAUGAUGAAGAACGGAGACCUUCUGUCAAACCCCAGCAGGGAAUUGAGGCCUCCUGUCAACAGCCAUUUUAGAAGUGGAUCUUCCAGCUUCAGUCAAGCCUUCAGACAACUGCAGCCCUGUCUAAUAGCUUGACCGUAACUUCAUAAGAGACCUUCAGUCAGAAAACCCAAGGAACACAUUCUGGAUUUCUCAUCCUCAGAAACUGUAUGAGAUAAGAAGUGUUUGUUGUAUUAUGCUGCUAAAUUUGGGGUAAUUUGUUACAUAGCAAUAUAUAACUCAUACAAUUUCUGGGAAAAAAUAGUUUAUUUUAGAAUCAUUUUUGCAUAAUGCAAGAAUAUAAACUUGUCACAGAAUCAUUUAUUCUUGUUUCAGGUGGUCCAGAUAUUUCAUUGUCAGUUACAUAUUAGCUCAAAUUAAAUUUUAGAUAAUAUAUAUUAUUAUUAAUGGUAAAGAAUGUGUCACAUUUAUCUUUAUAUGCUUUUCUGUACCUAAUAUUGUGUCUUGUGCAUAGGAUGUGCUCAAUAAAAAUUGAUUGAAUAUAUAAGUGAAUGAAAGAAUAAAUGAAUGAGUGAAGGAAUUAUCUGAAAUAUUUUUAUAAAAUUUCCCAUAUAUAUGUAUUACUUAUUACAAGUCUGGUUCCAUAGCUGAAAUAUUAAACAUUUUAUAUAUAU